UUUUUAAAAAAUAUUAACAAUAGAAAUCUAAUUUAUAAAUAGGAUAAUCAAUAUCAAAACACAAAACUCUAUAUAUUUUAAAAUCAUUUUUGGAUGAAAAAUAAGCGCGCUUAGCAAGCAUCUUCAAAAGAUUAUGAGUUAGUUGUGAAUCUUCUUUAAAAAAAGGAGAAGUCAUAAAGAGAUUUAGAGACAAUAUACAAUAAGAUAAGCUUGCUGAAUGGUUUUAAUCUAUUUAUUUAGAAUUAUUUUUAUGGUUCAGAUAUUUCUGAGCAGAUUAAGAUUUGUGGUGAGUUAGUUUAUGAAAAAAAAAAUAAGGGAGAUGUUAUUUUCUAUCAAGAUGAACCAUCUAACAACAAAUUAUAUAUCAUUCUAAAAGGAAGUUGCAUGCUCUUUCUAUUAAAAGAUUUAGAUUUUUAAGAAGAAGAGGACGAGUAAUCCACUGUAAAUGCAUAAAAUUAGGAUUAGCAGGCAGAAAAUCAAGUAAUAUAAAAUCAAUUAUAAAACAUACCAUCAACAAUGGUUGAUCGUAUCAAAUAGAUAGGACACAAAUUCAAAAAAUAAAUAUCAUUUGACUUUGAUUAACAUAACCUUACACAAAGAGAAAUCAAUGAUUUAAAGAAGCGUUAUGGUAAAACUACGAGACUUCUUCAAGCAGGAAGUAUUUUUGGAGAGAGAGCCCUCUUUACUAAUCAAGCAAGAACUGCAACAAUUUUAGCAGAUUCCCAUCCCACUGAAAUGGUCAUUUUGGAUAGAGAUAAAUUUCUUCCAGCUCUAGAAGAAUUAAAAAAAACUCUAUAGCUCCGAAGAGACAUACUUUUUUAAAUAUUUAAAGAUAUGGAUAACUACUCAAGUGCAAGAUUAGAAAAUAUGCUCUAUUCUUUCUCCGUACUUAGUUUUAACAGAGGUCAUUAUAUUACUGAAUAAAACUAGCAAGAUGAUAAAUUUUACAUUAUUGCUGAGGGAGAGGCUUAAAUAUUGAAAAAAAUACCCAUUCAAGUUAGUGAAUCUCACUAAGAAGAAAGAGUAGCAAAACUGACAAUAAUUGGUCCUGGUGUUAUGGUGGGAGAUGAGAUUAUGCUCAAGGGAGAGUAAAAAUAUUUAUACACUACUGAAGUUAUAUCGAUUAAAGCCUAAGUUUUAGUAGCAGAUAAAAAGAUAAUAGAUAGAAAGUUUCCAAGAGAUUUGAAAGAUUACUUGAAGAAGGUUACAAUAAACAAAGAAAAGGGUAGAUAAAUUCUUUUGGAGCAUAAGGAAGAAGAAAUCAGGUAAGAGUUACUGCAGUAAAUGAAAAAGGAGACAUCAAAAAAGCUGUUAAAUACACAAUACAAACAUAGGAGCGAAGAAGAAGCUUAAGAGGUAUUAAAGAAAAUGAAAGAUGCAAUAAGUCAUAGAUAACAUUUUACAGAAACUCUACCACAAAAUUAGAACUAAAGCAUAGAUGAAUAAGCUUCUUCUCAGAGAGAUAUAUUGAGAGGUAAUGUUCCCCUAUUUACAAAAUCUAAUUAGUAAUAGUAAUUGCAACAAGAUAAGAUUUAAAGUUCUCUUCUCCUACCUUCAAUUACAGAAAAAAACCCUUAAAAUAUCAAAGAAGAAAAUAUUACAAGCUCUUCAUCUCUAAGACUAAUUAAUAUGGCACCAGGCCAAUAAAAUAAUAUUUUUGAUGUCAAAAGCCAAGUUUUUGAUUUUGGAGAUGGAAAAAAUAUAUAAAACGCCUAAAGAAUAGAAAAGAUACUGAAUGCCAAAAACAAAAAAAAGAAAGAUGGACACUUUAGUGGGAAUAAUGCUACAGUAUAGUAACAAUUAGAAAAAAAUGCUCUUAAAUAAGUUUAAUAAGACAAUGCCUUACUCAGUAAUAUUGUCACUGACAUGCAAAAUAUACAUUCUUUUGCCAAUCAAAAGCAGAAAGUAGGAAAAAAGUUGGAUUCUUAACAUCUUAGUAAUAUGUCAGAUACUGAUAAGUUGAGCAUUCUUCUUCUUUCAGAUUAAAGAGGUUCUUAUAGCACCAAGCACCUAAGGCAUAUAUCAAGCGAGUACUAAACUGGGUUUUAAGGAUAUCAUAAUAACUCAACCAGUCUUAUCUAAAGCAUUGGUGAAAUCUAAUUAGGAAAAGGAACGACUUAGUUACCUUAGCUAAAAAGCAAUGAUUAGCUUAAAUUAAAAGAACAAAAACAUCUAAAACUAGAAUUAAUAUAAGAAAAUUUACCUUUAGGCAUAAUUCAUUCUUCUAAAAAUACUAAAAAUAAGUAGCUAGGCGAUGAAUAAUCUAACAAAGUACUUUUAAAGAAACCAAUGAAAGUGGUGGUGAAUAAUCAUAUUUAAAAAUCUAAUUCUUAGCAGUUCUUAGAAGCAUAAGUUUUGGGCACUCUUCAUCUUUCUCCAACAAGGAUAUAAAAAUUUUAGCUAGAAACAAUUCAAAAAUAACAAAAAUAUAAGAAAAAUAAUAAAUAUGGUAAUAAUGUGUAAACUGUUUCAAGUGAAUUUGAUUAGAAAAAUUAAAUAAAUAAACACAAUAUUAAUUCAUCUUUGCAAAAUCUAACAAUAGACGAUGACAUCAAUUCAACUAAUGAAAUUCAAGCAUCAAUUACAGCCAUUCGUCAAAGUGAUUCUUAAAAUAAAUAAACAUCAAAUAAUUCCAUUCUUGUUUUAAAAAAGAAUGAAAAUUUAUGUAUGGUAAAUGAUAAAAGCUCUCUUGUGUAGGAAAGCUUGAACUAAAAAAUAAAAUAAUUGGAUAACAAAAGUCCAUCAGAUAAUAUUGUUAAAAAUGAAUCAGAAGCACUAAACUCUUCCUAAAUUAAUAAUAAGUUAGGAUAUUAGGAAAUACAGUAGAUAAAUACGCCUAUCAGAAGAGAGAUAAAAAGCAACGAUGCAGGAGAUACUACAACUUGUCUGAAUUCAGACAACUCUAGUCAAAAUAAAAUCAAUUUUCAAGCUAUGAGUAGACAUGCUAGUUCAUUCUUCCCUAUAACAGUAACUAAGCCAAAUAAAGUAUUAAAUCAUGGAAGUAAAACAUUAUCCAUGAAAAAAAUUGUUUCAUAAAAAAGUGACUUAUAUUCUAGUUCAAUAUUUAAGAAUCCUAUCAACCAGCAACAAAACUUUUAAUAAAAUAACUUAUAAAAAGAUCUUAGCAUCAAUAUUUUUGAAAAAGUAAACAGUAAUAAAUUAGAUGAGUAUUUUAGCAUAAUUGGCUAUAAUAAAGCUUUUAAACAACAAAAAUAAAAAAAUUAAAAUAGCAACAAAAAUGCUUUAUCUUGA